GGUCACUUAUUCUCGUUUCAAGUAAAGACGCCCGGAAGAUUUUACUCCCCAAAAAUACUUCACAGCCACCUGAUAAGUACAGCCACCAGCAGCUGAUAAAGCCACCGCUUGCGUAUAUAUAAGGAGCACUCCUUGUGUGAACUGGUCACAUAUUCUCGUUUCAAGUAAAUACCGCUGGAAGAUUCUACUCCUCAACAAUACUUUUUGCAGUCUCACACUAUGUAUGCGUAUCUAACUAUUUUCGGCCUAUUAUCGGCCUGGAGCCAGGCAAACAUUAUAAGAACGGGCACAGGCCAGAGUCAAGACGUGCCGUUACCAGGAGAUCUUUUGAUUGGAGCUGCUGUAUCGGCAUUCCAAACGGAAGGGUGGUGGAACAAAGGAGGAAAAUCUGAGAGUAUGGUUGACCAUGUCCUCCACACGGGACGCCUAGGAAAGCUAGGUUUCAAAAACACGAACGAUUCUGACACUGCGGCAGACUCCUACCACCGAUAUAAAGAGGAUAUUGCAAUUGCCAAACAACUAAAGUUCCAGGUAUAUCGAUUUUCCAUUUCCUGGUCACGAGUGCUGCCGGAAGGGGAUAUAUCUAGACCAAAUAUGGAAGGAGUUCAAUAUUACCACGACCUCAUUGAUGAAAUUCUCAAGCAAGGUCUUAUUCCAUUUGCCACAGUGUAUCACUUCGAUCACCCCCAGGUUUUGGAAGACCAGUUUAGGGGCUGGCAAAGUCGAGAGAUGAUCCAAAAGUUUCGUGAUUAUGCUCGAUUUCUUUUCAACGAGUUUAGCUCAAAGGUCCAGCUGUGGGCGACCAUCAACGAACCCAACGUAAUGUGUGCCUAUUUCGGGACCCUCCUCAUCACGGCAGGCCUCGUGCAGGCUGAGGAUUAUAACACCUACAAGUGCAUGCACCACAUAACACUGGCGCAUGCAGAGGCGUACCGAGCGUUCAAAGAAAACAAACUUCCCGGACGCGUGGGUGUCAACACGUGGAUCGUUACAGCCAAACCCAACACAACGUCGAUUGAGGACUCCUUUGCUGCAGAGGUGUUUAACCAGUUGCAGGCUGGUUCCAUGCUGCACCCAAUUGUGUUUGGUGACUACCCAGAGCUGGUGAAAAAAUAUACAGGGCAUUUACGACCAGAGUUCACACCUGAAGAGAAACAGAUGCUAAAGGGAGCCACUGACUUCAUUAGUCUCAACAUAUACGCGGGAGGCAAUGUCGCGUACAAGGAUUCGGACAGGAGUUCAGAGACGCUCCCUUUUAGCGGCCCUGCAGUAGUCGUCGAGAAUAUGACUCAUGGAGUAGAUUUUAUUUCAUUUCGAUUUGCUGACGAGCUAGGAAGGAGGUCAGAAAAUUACCCUUUAUUUAGUGUUGCUCCAGAUGCAAUGCACAGCGCACUUUUAUGGACGUGGCAGCAAUACAAUUUACCUAUUAUGGUAUCAGAAAACGGAAUUCCCCUCCAAAAGGGUAUGGACGAAGAGUUGAGACUUGCUUACUACAGUGCGUAUCUACGAGCUCUCGUCUCAGCUGUCAAUGAGUUUAAGGUCAAUGUGAUGGGAUACAUCGUCUGGGCCUUAAUUGACACCGUCGAAUGGAGCGCCGGAUUCGACUUAAAAUUUGGUGUAGCUGCCGUAGAUUAUGAGACUGGCAGCUUGAAUCGCAGUCUCAAGUCCUCAUCAGACUUCUGGCUCCAGGUAGCAGAGAAACGCGUCGUUCCGUUUGCAGAAGUACCACGGUCUACAUCGUCCCCUUCGUCUUAUCAGCUUCUGACUACAAAGACAGUUUUGCUGACCAUUUUUUCUAUCUGUUACACAUGUUGUGCAAAUUUUAUAAACUGAAAUAAAAACAACUCGCCGUUUUCGUAA